GGGGUCCGUCUGUCGCGCGCCAGACCGCCCGGCCCGGGUGCGGAGCGCGGCCAUGGGCCCGGGGCCCCCGGCGGCCGGAGCGGGGGCGCCGCCGCAGUCCCUGUCGCUGGCCGCGCGGCUGAGCUACGCCGUGGGCCACUUCCUCAACGACCUGUGCGCGUCCAUGUGGUUCACCUACCUGCUGCUCUACCUGCACUCGGUGCGCGCCUACAGCUCGCGCGGCGCCGGCCUGCUGCUGCUGCUCGGCCAGGUGGCCGACGGGCUGUGCACGCCCCUCGUGGGCUACGAGGCCGACCGCGCCGCCGGCCGCUGCGUCCGCUGCGGCCCCCGAAAGGCCUGGCAUCUGGUCGGCACCGUCUGUGUCCUGCUGUCCUUCCCCUUCAUCUUCAGCCCGUGCCUGGGCUGCGGGGCCGCCACGCCGGAGUGGGCCGCCCUCCUCUACUAUGGGCCCUUCGUGGUGGUCUUCCAGUUCGGCUGGGCGGCCACGCAGAUCGCCCACCUCAGCCUCAUCCCAGAGCUCGCCACCAGUGACCACGAGAAGGUGGAGCUCACGGCCCUCAGGUACGCCUUCACCGUGGCGGCCAACAUCGCCGUGUACGGGGCCGCCUGGCUCCUGCUGCACCUGCAGGGCUCCCCGAGCACGGAGGCGGCCCGCGACGUCUCCGACCAGCUGGGGGUCCAGGACGUGCAGGUGUUCCAGAACCUCUCCCUGUUGGUGAUAGGAGUCGGAGCCGUCUUCUCGCUUCUGUUCCACCUGGGCACCCGGGAGGGGCGCCGGGCCCCGGCGGAGGCGCCGGACGAGCACAGCCCGCUGCUGGCCCCCACGACUGCCCGGCCCCUGCUGCUCUGGAAACACUGGCUCCGGGAGCCGGCCUUCUACCAGGUGGGUCUGCUGUACAUGAGCACGAGGCUCAUCGUGAACCUGUCCCAGACCUACAUAGCCAUGUACCUCACCUACUCCCUCAACCUGCCCAAGAAGUUCAUCGCCACCAUCCCGCUGCUGAUGUACGUCAGCGGCUUCUGCUCCUCCUUCCUCAUGAAGCCGGUCAACAGGAGCAUCGGGAGGAACCUGACCUACUUUGCGGGGCUCCUGGCGAUCCUGGCCUUCGCCGCCUGGGUGGCGCUGGCGGACAGGCUGGGCGUGGCCGUGUACGCGGCGGCCGCGCUGCUGGGCAUGGGCUGUGCCACCAUCCUCGUCACCUCGCUGGCCAUGACGGCCGACCUCAUCGGCCCCCACACGCACAGCGGAGCCUUCGUGUACGGGGCCAUGAGCUUCUCGGAUAAAGUGGCCAACGGGCUGGCCGUCAUGGCCAUCCAGAGCCUGUACCCCUGCUCCUUGGAGAUCUGCUGCAGGGCCUGCAUGGGCUUCUACCGCUGGGUGAUGGUGGCCGCCACGGGCGGCGUAGGCGUGGCCGCUACCCUCUGUCUGUGCAGCCUCUUCCUCUGGCCCAUCCGCCUGCGGAGCUGGGACCCUGGAGCCCAGCCCUGAUGCCACACGCGCCUCAGUCGCCGUCCUGUGAACGUGAACUCGGUUCCAGGCCCCGCGGAGGCCGGGAGCAGCCCUCCCUCCGUGCUGUCCCUCCCUGCCAUCCCUGCCCCCACCCUUGCUGGCUGCGGGGAGGUGGGGGGGACGGUCAGGAUCCCAGACAUGGAGGUGAGCCCUCUGGGAUCCAGGCGCGCGCCUGGCUCACCCCUCACCCCGGGCUCGGCUGUGGUUUCCUACGUGCCGCCAGGUCCCCUCGGCCAUGGUGCGGUCCCUGGGCCUGACGGGAACCUCAGGCGGGGGUGGGGAGGAGCAAGUCCCAUGCCCUGCGCCCAGGCUGCUGCUGGCCACGAAUAAAGAGCCACCCGUGGGUGAGGGCCGUGGCCUCA